AUGUCUUCAUUCGCUGGCGAUUGUGAAAAACCAGGUCAUCCGGGUGAUAUUACCCAGAAAGAGGCUGAUGCGGGCAUUCUCCCUUCUCAUGGCAUUUCUCUCGAUAUACCCGGCGAAUUGGUUGAUGGUCGCCCACCUUUGGUACAAUACCUUUCCACCCCCGCAUAUCAAAGUCCUCUUCGACAUCACCGUCGCAGUGCCUCUGCACACCGGCAAGUAAAGGAAACGCUUGAUGCAAGAUCCGAAUACAUGAAUAAUGAAGAAGAUGGGAGAGCCGAACAUCACAUUAAUCAAUAUAUCAUCAAAGAUGAAAUUGGCAGGGGCUCUUUUGGGGCUGUUCAUCUAGCGGUGGAUCAGUACGGAACAGAAUUUGCAGUCAAAGAGUUUUCCAAAUCAAGGUUACGGAAAAGAGCGCAAUCGAAUAUCCUUCGAAGGCCACAUUAUGUCAGACGACCCGGACAUCUCGCAGCAGGUAGCGGUUUCAAUUCCUCUCUUCAUCGCCAUUCGGCAUCCGACAUCCAUAUCAAUGAGCAACGGGGAAAUCCUUUGUAUCUGAUUAAAGAGGAGAUCGCUAUCAUGAAAAAAUUGAACCAUCCCAAUCUCGUUAGUUUGAUAGAAGUUUUGGAUGAUCCUGAGGAAGAUUCUCUUUAUAUGGUUUUGGAAAUGUGUAAGAAAGGCGUUGUCAUGAAGGUUGGGCUUGGAGAGAAAGCAGAUCCAUAUGACGUUGAAAGUUGCAGAUGCUGGUUUAGAGAUCUAAUACUUGGCAUUGAAUAUCUUCAUGCUCAAGGCGUUGUGCACCGAGACAUCAAGCCGGAUAAUCUACUUUUGACCGAAGAUGAUGUGUUGAAAGUUGUGGAUUUUGGAGUUUCUGAGAUGUUCGAAAAGGCUUCAGAUAUGAUGACAGCCAAAUCUACGGGGUCUCCAGCAUUUCUGCCUCCAGAAUUGUGCGUAACGAAGCAUGGCGAUGUUUCCGGAAGGGCAGCUGACAUAUGGUCCAUGGGAAUCUCAUUGUAUUGUCUGCGCUUCGGUCACAUACCUUUCGAACGGACCGGAGUACUUGAAUUGUAUGAGGCAAUCAAGAAUGAUGAGGUUGACUAUGAGCCGAGUACCGACCCUCAAUUUGUCGAUUUAAUGAGAAGAAUUCUAGAAAAAGAUCCCAAAAAAAGAAUUACUAUGGAUGAGAUUCGCGAACAUCCCUGGGUGACUAAUAAUGGAACCGACCCAUUACUCCCAAAGGAAGAAAACAUCGCAAAUCUAGUUGAGCCGCCGAGUGAAAUCGAGGUCAAUCAUGCAAUAACUGCUAAAAUGAGGGGUCUUCUCGCAGUCAUGAAGGCUGUGAAAAAAUUUAAGUCUAAAAUGGAGCAGAGGAGACCCACCGCUAUCUCUGAGACAUUAGGGAAGGGUAUUCGUGUUCUACACCCAUCUAUGGGGAUGACCGAGCAAAAAAAAUCCGCGCUUCAAAGGUCCAAAAGCUCGGAUCUCGAGGAUAGACGUCUAGUUGAAGCAGCACUUGCCGCUGAAGGUGUAUACCAUGAUGGAACAUAUCCAUCGGCUGAUGGUCCUAGAACUAUGGCGAGCCGAAUGGAUUCUUCUAGUACAAUUGUAGUGGAUGAGGAGCCUAUAGUUAAGAAAGUCCAAUCACGUAGUAUCGCGAAGACCGAUUCAUCUAAUUCGAUAGAAAAACGCCCAGAGUUUCGGGAACAACAAUCUGGUGACAAGGGGCACGCUCACGAUCCUUUGGACGAGCAGCCUUUGUACCUAGGAAUUGGUGCCGGAGUUGGCGAAGACGGCGAUCCUCUUAAUGAACCCGUACAUGAAUUGAUAGCUGAAUCCCCUACAGCUGCCGACUUCAAUAUUUAUGAUACUGCCUACCAACAAGAGGUCGAUCGAAUUCGUGCUGUCCAAGGGCACGCCGCCACUGUCUAUCUGACGCGAAGGGUAGAUCAUAAAAAGGAAUAUAAAGCUGAUCAUUACAUGAAAAAUCUCCCAAAUCAUACGGAGAUGAAGGGUAAAAUUCAAGAAGGAUGGAAGGGCCUGGUAGAUCGCGCCCAGGAAAGUAAAGAUGAACGUUCUCUUCAUGAGAAACUUACAGAAGGCCAUCAGGCUUUCUCCGAUUUGGUAUCUAAGGCGGUGGAGAACACGAGGAAUUUGGGAAGAGAUGUCAGUGAGAGGGAAGGGGCUACGUCUGAGAAGUAG